AUGGCGGUCGCCGCUAGAGGAGGAACACUUCACGUUGAAACAUUGGAGUCAGCGAUUGAGCGCCAUCUUUUUCUACUUUCUUUUUCACGACUACUUUUCGUGAGAAAAAACCGUCUUUCUUUCUUUCUUACAUUUUCUUUCUUUCUUUCUUUCUUUCUUUCUUUCUUUCUUUCUUUCUUUCUUUCUUUCUUUUUCUUUCCAUUUUCUUUCUUUCAUUCAUUAUUCUUUCUUCUUUUAAUUUUACUUCUUUUUUCUUUCUUUCUUUAUUAUACAGCUUUGCUUUAUCCUUUCACUUUCUGUCGUUCUGCCUUUCUUUUUUCCAUUUCCUUUCUUUUCCUUUUUAUUUUUUCUAUCUUUCUUUCUUUCUUUCUUUCUUUCUUUUAUUUGCUUUUUCUUUCUUCCUUAUUUCCUUUCUUUCUUUCUUUGUUCCCUUCUUUGUUUCCUUGUUUGUUUGUUUGUUUGUUUCUUUCUUUCUUUCUUUCUUUCUUUCGUUUUUCUAGUUUGCCUUAUCCUUUAACUUUCUUUCAUUCUGCGUUUCUCUCUCCUCUUUUUACAUUUUUCCUUUUUAAUUUGUCUUUAAUUCUUCUUUCUUUCUUUCUUUCUUUCUUUCUUUCUUUCUUUCUUUCUUUCUUUCUUUCUUUUCGUUUUCCUUCUUUCUUUCUUUCCUUCUUUCUUUCUUUCUUUCUUUCUUUCCUUCUUUCUUUCUUUCUUUCUUUCUUUCAUUCCUUCUUUCUUUCUUUCUGUUAUUUCCUUUCUUUCUUUCUUUCUUUCUUUCUUUUUUUCUUUCUUUCUUUCUUUCUUUUUCUCCGCCCCUUCCAUAUGAUUCUUUCUAACCUUUCUUUCUUUCUUUCUUUCUUUCUUUCUUUCUUUCUUUCUUUUUCUCCGACCCUUCCUUUUCUUUCUUUCUUUCUUUCUUUCCUUUUGUUUCUUUCUAACUUUCCUUUUAUUAUUAUUUUUAUUUUCUCUUUUCUAUUUUUCGUUUAUCGUCUUUCCUUUCUUUCUUUCUUUCUUUCUUUCUUUCUUUCUUUCUUUCUUUCUUUUUCUCCGACCCUUCCUUUUCUUUCUUUCUUUCUUUCUUUCUUUCCUAUUCUUUCUUUCUUUCUUUCUUUCUUUCUUUCUUUCUUUCUUUCUUUUUCUCCGACCCUUCCUUUUCUUUCUUUCUUUCUUUCUUUCCUAUUGUUUCUUUCUAACUUUCCUUUAAUUAUCUUUUAUUUUCUCUUUUUCUAUUUUCGUUUAUCGUCUUUCCUUUCUUUCUUUCUUUCUUUCUUUCUUUCUUUCUUUCUUUCUUUCUUCUUUCUUUCUUUCUUUCCUAUUCUUUCUUUCUUUCUUUCUUUGUUUCUUUCUUUCUUUCUUUUUCUCCGACCCUUCCAUUUGUUUCUUUCUAACUUUCCUUUAAUUAUCUUUUCUUUUCUCUUUUUUCUAUUUUCGUUUAUCGUCUUUCCUUUCUUUCUUUCUUUCUUUCUUUCUUUCUUUCUUUCUUUCUUUCUUUCUUUCUUUCUUAUUCUUUCGUUCUUUCUUUCUUUCCUAUUGUUUCUUUCUAACUUUCCUUUAAUUAUCUUUUAUUUUCUCUUUCUUCUAUUUUCGUUUAUCGUCUUUCCUUUCUUUCUUUCUUUCUUUCUUUCUUUCUUUCUUUCUUUCUUUCUUUCUUAUGGUUUCUUUCUUUCUUUCUUUCUUUCUUUUUCUCCGACCCUUCCAUUUCUUUCUUUCUUUCUUUCUUUCUUUCUUUCUUUCUUUUCUUUCUUUCUUUUUCUCCGAUCCUUCCAUUUCUUUCUUUCUUUCUUUCUUUCUUUCCUAUUCUUUCUUUCUUUCUUUCUUUCUUUUUCUCCGCCCCUUCCUUUUGUUUCUUUCUUUCUUUCUUUCUUUCUUUCUUUCUUUCUUUCUUUCUUUUUCUCCGACCCUUCCUUUUGUUUCUUUCUUUCUUUCUUUCUUUCUUUCCUAUUGUUUCUUUCUAACUUUCCUUUAAUUAUCCUUUAUUUUCUCAUUUUUCUAUUUUUCGUUUAUCGUCUUUCCUUUUUUUCUUUCUUUCUUUCUUUCUUUCUUUCUUUCUUUCUUUCUUUUUCUCCGACCCUUCCUUUUUUUUCUUUCUUUCUUUCUUUCUUUCUUUCUUUCUUUCUUUCUUUCUUUCUUUCUUUCUUUUUCUCCGCCCCUUCCAUUUUUUUCUUUCUUUCUUUCUUUCUUUCUUUCUUUCUUUCUUUCUUUCUUUCUUUCUUUUCUCCGCCCCUUCCUUUUCUUUCUUUCUUUCUUUCUUUCUUUCUUUCUUUCUUUUUCUCCGACCCUUCCUUUUCUUUCUUUCUUUCUUUCUUUCUUUCUUUCUUUCUUUCUUUCUUUCUUUCUUUUUCUCCGACCCAUCCUUUUCUUUCUUUCUUUCUUUCUUUCUUUCUUUCUUUCUUUCUUUCUUUCUUUUCCUCUGUCAGACAGCUCAAUUUCUUUAACCGUCACUUUAAUCCAUCAGCCAAUCUGUUCUGUAGGACAUAUACCAACACGAACAGAAAGAUCCGGAAGUUUGCAAUGAUCGAAGAAUUCUGA